GAGACAGUACAGAGUACAGUAGAAGAAGGUGCUAAAACAGUGGUGUUUCUGGACCUUUUACAUCUGGACUUCCACAAGAAGAAUGUCUCUUCUGCCCACAAGCGUCCCUGCUAACUUCAGCACUAUGGCUAUACAUGAAGACCAAAACGACAUGAGUGCAACUCAGCUUCCUGAUGAAGAACUCACAGAAUGGUACUCCAACAUACUGCCGGUGUAUAUCCUGUGCAUCGCUGUGCUGGGAAUCAUUUUGAAUGUGUUUGUCCUGGUGGUUUUCUGUCUUCAUAAGAAGUCCUGCACUGUGGCUGAGAUCUACUUGAGCAACCUGGCUGCUGCUGACCUUGUCCUAAUGAUUUUUUUGCCCUUCUGGGCUGUGUAUGCAGCCAACAAUUUCGACUGGCCCUUUGGUAAUCACCUUUGCCGACUGGUCACCGUUGCCAUCAACAUGAACGCCUAUUCCAGCAUCUACUUCAUUGUUCUGAUUAGCAUAGAUCGUUAUAUGGCACUGGUGCACCCACUGUCCCAUGAAGGAAUACGUAGGCCAAAAUAUGCCAAACUGCUCUGUGUGCUGGUGUGGGGUUUUGGCUUGGUCCUGAGUAUCCCCACACUUGUCUACAGGAGAGUGCUAUAUAACAAUUACUAUAACAUUAGUCAGUGCUCUCAUGAGCAGACACUCAAUGAACAGCUUCUGUUUGAUGGGUUGCUGACGACGUUCGGCUUCAUCAUUCCCAUUAUCAUUAUUUUCUGCUGCACUCUCAAGAUUAUUCAAGCUCUGAAUAACCGGUUUCUUGGGAUGUUAGACACCCAGAUGACAGAGCAGAAGGCCACCACUCUGAUAGUGGUGGUCCUCCUGGCGUUUAUGAUCUGUUGGGUGCCAUUCCACGUGGUUAAGAUAUUGAAUAUGCUCUUGAUAGCUAAUGUCCUGACAGCGCCUAGCUUCCGAACCAACCUUUUAGUGUGCAUGCAAGUCUUUAUGUACUUCGCCUUCUUCAACAGUGUUCUUAACCCCAUCCUCUACAUGAUUGUUGGAAAGAACUUUCAGGGAAAAGUUAGGGAACUCUUCAAGCAAUGGCGGCAUACCAGAACAUCUACCCUCAACUCCACCAACACAAACCCAUCAAUGAGAAGUUUCUCAAGCUGAUCUGCAGGAUAUUUUUGAAAAUCUCUGGAUAUGUUUUUUGUUUAUGUUUUAUAAGUUCACAUAAUGAAACUGUUAGUUAUGUUGCCAGAAGUAAGAUAAGAAAUGUUUUUUUAAGUAAUACUUCUGUUUGUUUAGUCGGAAUACACAUUAAAUAAGGAUCCUGCUCAAAAUGAUUCCCGUCUUAAUGCUGUUUGUGAGAAGAUGCGGUCUAAAACUAAAACCUGAACUCUGAUUUCUAAACGUUCUAAACAGUGUCCUGAACCCAGUCUUCUUUGGGCAACACUUCUGGAGGAAAGUUAUGUAGAAGGAGCCAGAGGCAUCAUUACAGAUGAUCAUAUAUGACAACAUAUCAAUGCCAUGUGUCUACAUCAACAGACCAGAGGAGAUGAAUGGUUAGGUCGCUCUUACUGUAAGAGAUUGUUGCAGGAUACGAGACUCAAUUUAUGUCAUUAUAACACUUAUGGCCUAACUGUUGUUAAUGCUUUCAAACACAAUAAUAACACUGCUACAUUAUUAAACAGUACUACCAGAUUGUGUUUAAUAUUGCAGAAGUAAUGGCCACACAUUUAGAUAAUGGGAGUAAUGCACACAAAAAGAAGGAAACCGACUUUGUGCCUCUGUGUAAAAGCAUGACCUAUGACACUUUAAUAGUGAGGUGUGUGCAUGUCUGUGGAUAUGUGUUGCUGUGUACUGUUACAUGGUGUUGCUCCUAAUAUCUUGUAAUCUUUAAAUGUUAAACACCCAAAAAACAAAACACUGCCAUAUUUUAUAACCAUGUAUUCUCCCUCCUGUUUCAGUCACUGUAACACAUGUAUCUUUUCUUUGACUCCAGAAAGAGAACAUAAGAUAAUGGCCUACACACUGUGGGUACAUGUAUUUGCUUGUUGUUUGUUGUUUUGAAUCACUGCACUGAAUAUUUUUGCUGACCUACGAAUAAACUUACACCGAUAUGACUGU